UAUAUAUGUAGAUAUAAAUUUUAAGGGGGCUUAAUAAAGUCUCUAGGUCAUUGCUUAAGAUUGCUCACUCGGGCGUGGAAAAAACCAACAUAGCAACAACAAUAAGCCGUGACAGCGAACGAACUGAGCCGAUCACGGAUGGAAAUCUGUUCAGUUUGCGGAGACCAUUCCACCGGGCGGCACUAUGGAGCCAAUACCUGUGAAGGAUGCAAGUUGUUUUUUAAGCGAAGUAUCAAGAAACGGCUCUACUACACUUGUAGAGUGGCUGGGUGCUGUCCUGUGAACAAGCGCUUUCGGAAUAGCUGCCAGUACUGCAGGAUGAAAAAGUGCCUUACGGUAGGAAUGAAAAGGGAAGCUGUGCAACAAACCAGAGCGAAUGAGUUUGAAAAGGGAAGAAAAAGACACCGUAGCCGGCAGCCGUUGAAGGGGGAUAUCCGAAGAGAGGCAGAUUUUGUGUCACUGUCGGACUUUGUUUACCAUUUGCAGGCAGUUGAGCCUUAUCAAAGGCCGCCGGAGACUGAAAGUGAUACAAGAUCAGUUGCAGAAGACAACACGGUAGCUAGAGGCGAAAGUGGCAGCGCAGUUGCAACGAAAUUACCAGCAGAAAGCACCACAGAAAUCGCAGCCCGGCUGCUGUUCAUGUCGAUACACUGGGCGAAGAACGUUCGCCACUUCGCUGAACUGUCUCAUAUCGACCAAGUGAGCCUCUUGCAGGAAAACUGGUGUAAAAUAUUCGUCAUAAACCUGGUUCAAUGGGCGAUGCCUUUCGAAUUAGCGCCGCUGGUUGCUGAUGUGAUGGAAAAAACAGCGAGCGAACAUCUGGAUAGAGUUCUUCACAACAUAGGAAAGUUGAAUGAGGUUGUUUUCAAGCUUGUUCAGCUGGGUUUGAACAGAACCGAGUUCACCCUUUUAAAGGCACUGGUACUUUUUAACCCAGAUAACGACCAACUCUCCGACUUGGUUCAGAUCCAAGCAAUUCAAAACAAGACAAGAAAUGCUCUAGAAGAGUACAUACGCUUGAACCACCCAGAGUCGUCUAGUCGCUUUGGUCAGCUACUCAUCAAACUUACAUCUUUAGGAGCUGUGGAGCCACAUAUCAUUGAGCAUGUGUUCUUCAAUAAACUUAUUGGUGGAGCGUCCAUUAACAACUUGGUGGACGACAUUUUAAGGGCUAACACUCUUAUGUCGCACGCAAAAAGCUCGGCCGUGUGAACAGGCAGAGGAUGUUGCAUUAGCUAUUUUUGCUAUAGCUGAAGCCAAUUUAACAAUGCUUUAAAACAUCUGUUGCGAAUUGACACGAACUACAAACGGCCAAAUCUAAACUAUACACAAACCACGAGGAUACUACUCUACUCCAGGUAGUCUUUUGGCGAAAAAAUGUUACGAGAAAACUGUAAUUUUUCCCACUUCCAGAUUUCGCCUCAUCAACUUCUUGCGCACUUUUUCUUCUUCAGCGUUUGCGCGUGAGGUAAAGCAAAGGAGAAGCAACCAAGUCCCGUAGAAGACGGAUUUUAACUGAAAAUUUCAAAGUGAAUUAUUAAGCAUGCCACUGUUUGAUGGUUAAACUUCAUAGUACAAAACGCACAUCGCAAGGUUAUAAUAUAGAAUGUAACUCAAGAAACCAUGACAUGCCAAACCCACCAAUAAUCACCUUUUGUAUAAAUUUGUAGAUAGAUGUUUAGAUAUUCUAGUGUUUUGGAAUAAUGAUUCUUCAGUUUACUGUGGGAGCAUCGCUGUUGAGGGGUAAAAUACAGAGAUUAGCUAAAAA